AUGCUCUCGGGCUCUCAGGACAGCGCUGGCGGUCAGGAGGGGCUCGUCCCGCCGCCUUUCUCCGCCUUCCCGCCCCCCCCGCCGCCGCCCCCCCAGAACGGCCUGGCCCUGGACUACGGGGGCAGCCUGUACGCGGCGGGGGCCGUCCAGGGCCCCGUGGAGGCCGGUGGAGCAGGAACCGGGGGGGCCAACGCCUGCAGCAGCCUCAGCGUCCAGUCCGACGGGUCCUCCCAGAUCGACGGGCAGUCCGGAGUUGGCUCGGGAGGGGGAGGUGGCGGGGGCGGGGGCCCCGGGGACGACACGGACGCCAAGGGGACCCCGAAGCGCCUCCACGUAUCCAACAUCCCAUUCCGCUUCCGAGACCCCGACCUACGACAGAUGUUUGGGCAAUUUGGCAAAAUCCUCGACGUGGAGAUCAUUUUCAACGAGCGGGGCUCCAAGGGCUUCGGUUUUGUAACGUUUGAGUCGAGUGCGGAUGCGGAGAGGGCCAGGGAGAAGCUUCACGGUACGCUGGUUGAAGGACGCAAAAUCGAGAGAUCGAUGCAUGACGGGAGCAUUUUCAGUGAGGUUCGGAAUGGGGCGGGGACUGCUGUGAGAAAAGUCAAUAACGCCACAGCCCGAGUGAUGACAAACAAGAAGAUGACCACGCCGUAUUCUAACGGCGAGGGCCUGGCAGCGCUGCCAUACGCUGGUUGGAAGUUGAGUCCCAUGGUUGGAGCAAUGUACAGCCCGGAGCUCUACACAGUGCCAGGGUUUCCGUACCCGGCAGCAGCAGCAGCUGCCGCCUCCACGGCCGCCACCUUUCGGGGCGCUCACCUCCGCGGCCGCGCCCGACCCGUCUACAGCGCCGUCAGGGCGGCCGUCCCGCAGCCCGCCAUCCCCACGUACCCCGGUGUGAUGGCCUAUCAGGAUGGUUUUUACAGUGCGGCCGAUCUCUACACGAAAUGGCAGAAAUUGAACUCGAGUCUCAUCAUCUUCUCUGUCCCCUUCCCGCCCUAUCCCUUCAUCUCCUCUCUCCUCUCCUGCACAUCUCUCUCUUUCUCGAUUUCCCCCGCCUCCCUCCUCGCCCUCGCCUCCUCACAGGGUGGCUAUGCAGCAUAUCGGUAUGCCCAGCCGGCUGCCGUAGCAACCCCUGCAGCCGCAGCCGCCGCAGCCGCGGCCUACAGUGACAGCUAUGGACGAGUUUACACAGCAGACCCCUACCACGCUGCACUUGCUCCAGCUGCCUAUGGCGUUGGAGCUAUGGCCACGCUGUACAGGGGGGGCUACAGUAGAUUUGCCCCUUACUAA